ACAAAACUGUCCCAGCCCUUGCAUUUAUGUAGCUGCUAAUUUGACGCUAAUCCAUUUAAAAGGAGAGGGCUGGUGGGUGAGGAUGGAGUCAGAGGAGGGAGGUCCUCACUUACCUCUAUGUCUGCAACACUGGCAGAGCUGCCUGUGAUUCCCAUGGGAGAAGCAGUGCUUUAACUCUUCCCUGAUCACUUCAAAGCUGAUUAUUUCUAGUCUCUUGAGCUUUUCUGACCACUAUGUUAGACUUCCUGGCUGUGCUUCCGUGGUGGGUGACUGAAUAUAGUCUUCUCUGCAUCACAGGGGUGGAAGUAAUGUGAAGUUUAUGAGCACCUGCAAAAUCGUGUAGCAGGGAAGGAACUGCCAUGCCCCUGGGAAUCUUUCGGGUGUGCCUAGUGGUGAUUACAGCGAUUGUCAACCACCCACUCCUCUUCCCCAAAGAGAAUGGCACUGUCCCCGAAAACUCGAAAGAAAUCAUCCAGAAGAUGAAGGAGCGGGAGGAGAGCCUUCGACUGGAGAAGCUGCGCUUGGAGCGGGAAAUUGCAGAGCAGGAAACCACACAGAAGGCUCUGGAAAAGGCUGCAGAGGUGGUGGAGGAAAGCAAAGAGGAAAAAGGCUGCUGGGAUAUGUGGACUGCCCUUUCCAUGGUCAUCUUCCUGCUGAUCGAGCUCUGGAGGCAAGAUUUCCAGGAAGGGAACUGGCAGGACACAGGAGGGGAAGAGGAUGACAUGGCUGUGCUGGGGAAAGCAUUUAAAGGUGUGAUGUUCCCUGACAAGGCUGUCUUGGCCACCUUCUGUGAGAAGCGCAUCCUGGGUACCACCGGAGACAUGGCCAGGAUGAGGGAGAUGGUGGAAGGCUUUGCAGAUGAUCUGCUGGAGGCCUUGAGGAGUGUUUGUAACCGGGAUGCUGACAUGGAAGUGGAGGACUGCAUGGGUGUGGGGAGCAUGUAUGAGAAUUGGAGAGUCCGUAAACCUUUUGUCUGUGAUCUGAUAGUGCCUUUUGCCCCCCCAGAGCCAUACUGUUUUCGGUCCCAGACCUGGUGUUCUGGCGACUCUUUUCCCCCAGAUAAACAAGGUUAUGGCACUAUUGAGGUAUGUAGGGCAGAUGAGGAUGUGACAGGGUGCAUCUGUGACAAGACUAAACUGGGAGAAGAUAUGCUGUGCCUCCUGCAUAGCCAAACCAAUACUACCAAGCCCACCAGUGAAAUGGAAGACCUCCUUUGCUUCAAAAAUAGUCAAUAUCUGGAUGCUGACCAAGUUAUGAAGUGGUUCCAGAUUGCAGUCACCAAGGCCUGGAACAGAAUUUCCCACAAGUAUGAAUUCGACCUUUUCUUUAGCCUCUUGGACUCACCAGGAGCCCUGAAGAUAAAAUUCAGGUCAGGGAAAUCAAUUUCCUUCAACCUCACCCCUGUGGUGCAGUACGAGAAUUCUGACGUUUACUUCAUCUCUCAUUUCCCUCGGAGCAGCCUGGGAGGAGAUAUCCCCUCCAGCACUCACUGGUUUGUCACUUUUGCAGUUUAUGAGAGGAGGUUCAUCCAGCUGGUGUCCAAAAUGCUGCCUGCUAAUGCCUGCCAUGUGAGCUGCCUUCAGAUCCUCUCCUUCCUCCACGGGAAGCAGUGCAGCCUCACAGGUCCAAGCGGGCUCACCAACUACCACCUGAAGACAGUGCUGCUGCAUCUCCUGCAGGCACGUGCCAGUCAGGACUGGGCCCCAGAGAACUUGGAAGCCCGUCUACAGGACAUGCUGAAAUACCUGGAGAAAUGUUUGCAUGAGAAGAAACUCUACCACUUCUUCAUUGGCAACGGGAAGGUACCAGCGGAGCUGGGCUUCCCCAUCAUAUUCCAGAGGGCUGAGCCUCUCAACCUGUUCCGUCCCUUUGUGCUAUGCAGAGAGGUUUACAGGAAGACAGUGGACACUUUCCACGAGAUGCUCAGGAACAUGUCUGCACUGAUAAAUGAGUACAUGGUGCAUAUUCCCCUUGCACACACAAAUGGGAUUCAUAAGGAAUCCCUUUAACCAAAGUCAGCAGGAAAAGACUUGUUCCUCUAAGUACAAGCCCAGAGGGAAGCUAUCUGAAGCAUCCUGGAAACAACUGACUUUGCCAGUACAGCUUCUUGUCUGCAGCUGAACAGGUUUCUGGGUCGUGGUUUCUGCAGUAAGGGAAAGGGAUAGCAGGAUAGAGGGAGGAUAGGGAGAAACUGGAAGAUGUGGUAAGUUUCUGCUCCACUAGUGUGCUGGCUGGGUUUUUGCAGCUAAGAAUAUAUUUUUCUAUUGUGCCUCGGUCAUGCUACGUUGGUGGUGAGCAAUAAAUAUGACUAAUUUAUUCAAAUGCCUGCAAUGCAAAUGGUGGUGGCAGCCAAAUAGUUCAUUUCCUUUGGAAGGGGGAGAUAAGAAAAGGGUAGUGGAGUCAAAGGCCAGAUCUUGGGAUCUCGGGAGCCUGUCUGUUUGCAGACAGCAGGAGCUCUGAAACCAAUGGGAAGCACAACUUAAGAUUCAGUGCUGAUGUGUUUGAGGAGGGUCAUGCACAAGAUCUGAACUCAGUGGAGAUUCUUCAAACAACCACACCUCUUUAAUCGAAAGGUAACUGUGGUUAUUAAAAAAAUCUUCAUGCUAGGACUUGCAGCAGUAGUUUAAGUGGUUUGUCUUUCAAAAAGACACCCUGGCACCCUUCACAUUUCUCCUCCCAGGGGAGGAUGUAGCAGAGCAGACAGAAAGGUCUGUGUCUCCAGACCAUUUCAUUGAAGUCUUCCAUUUUCUUCAUGGUAAUAUGUCUAAUGGUGUAUAUUCCUCACCAUUUUCCAUAUUCCUGGCCACAGAUAAAAGAGGGAAACACCAUUAUUAGGUUCUGGAAUUUUUGUUUGUUUGUUUUCCUUGCAUUGGGUCACCAAGACUGAGAACAGCCAAUGGAGAAAGGACUGCUACAGGUUUUGCUUUUAUAGAAGACACAGUUCUCCAAAACUAUUUCAACAGUCUGAUAGCAGGAGGGAACAGUCCCUCCAAGUGAGAGUGUGACUCUCCCAGCAUAGUUUUAAUGAGGCCAAGGAUGGCUGAGUUAGGAGGAGGGGAUGAAAGAGGUGCAUGUGUAGCAGAGCUUGGCAGUGCUGUCUCUGAAGCUUCCUUCCUUGUGCUCUGUGUCAAAUCCCUUCUGCUCCUAGGUACCCAAGAGCUCCCUGUUUGCCUCCUACAGGGUCUCCUCAGUCCUUUUAAAGACUGCUGCUCUGAUGAGUCUCUGAGGAGCUGCUAGCAGAACAAAAUUUGCUGAGUUGGGAGUGCAAAUGACAGCUUCUGCAGGCUUUCAAAGCAGGGGAGAAUCUUGAGUGGGCUUCCCAGCCCUGGCAAGGUGGCUUUGCUGGAGGAGGUGGCUCAGUUGCCCUCCUUCCUGUUUUUCAUGCAGGAUCCAAGCUCGGGUCUUAGUGCAGAUCUGGUUUGUGGUACUGGAUGCCUGGCCUCCAUUGGCAAGAGGCCUUUCCUACCAUUUUUGCACUGGGAUUUCCUGCAGUGUUUUAUACCAGGGCUUCUCUAAAUCCCAUUUACAAGAGAGUAGUUGUCCUGGGUGAUGACACGCAUCAGGGAUGAUAGUUUCAUGACUCCACUUUCAUCAGUCUUCUCUAUCAGAUAAAUCAGAAAGUUUAAUCCUGUAUCACUGCUAGGGACAGCACACAGCAUGAGGUUUAUCAUCCAGCCUGUUGAUAAGCAAUGGUAAAAACUAUUUCAUCACUUCCUUGAAGUCUGCUCUUGUCUGUGCCCUCACCACUGAGGGACUUCUCAUGCACAAAGGCAGAGAAAGUUUCCACAUCCUGUUUAUUAGAAACCACAGGUGGGGACAGGGAACUUUGCUCAAAUUGCUGCCACCCUGGCUUUUAUUAUCACAGCUAUAGGGUGGCUAAAUAAUAUUUCCAAGCCAAAACUAAGGGUUAGGAAGCCAAAUGGAAGGGAAGAGGCUGAUGAGUAAUGCCAGUAGAGAAAAGUCUUGCUUCAUCAGUGCUUGCUUCACACCCUUGGUGGUAAGUGCCUGGGAGAUUGCCAGGGCUGGCAGAGCAACAGGGCAGGAUUAAUUGCUGACGCUAAUGAGUGCUGUAGGCCCCUGGAUUUCAUUAACAAAACCAAGCAAGCCGUCCCAAGUAGGAAAGAGGGCAGUAGCAAUCUCAGGGGACAUGGCAAGCAGGUACUGACAGGCAGAGUCAGGGAGGAUGAAUGAGUACUGGAGCCUGGAGGCUACAUUGGAAGCUGGGUAAGUAGUUUGCAAACCCAAGCAAUUUGCCAUUUUUACCUGCCUAGAUUUACUGCAGAGUGCCUGUAGCAGAUCCAGCUUUGCAUAGGCUGCUGGCAGGCAGGUCACGCUGAAGCAGUUGUGGUCAGAGUUACUUCUAAAUGUGUUCUUAGACCAGCCAGAGAGAAAUAACUCCUCUGACAUUUCCUGUUAGGAGUCUAAAUUUAGCCUGUCCGAAGAACCGCAAAAAAUUUGCAUACCAAGUCUAUAAGGAAAUUACAUUCAGGGUUGAAAAAUAACUUUUACAUAAGGCUGUGCAGGGGGAGAAUGAUCAGAAAAGGCUGCUGAGCAGAGUAAGGUAGCUUCCCUGUUAAAAUGUCAGAACACCAGUAACUGUUACAAUCCUACAGGCUUGUAAACAUGUCUAAACUCAUCUUUACACAGCUCCAAGAACUACUGUUCAGACUCAAAGGAAAACAAAACUGAUAAGUGGAUUGAAUCUUUUAUUUUUAAUUUUUUCCAUUAAAAAUGAAAAAUUUAAUUUCUCAGAUCAAACUGACCUGAAGUGUUCCUAUGGGGUUUUGUUGAACCCAAGCUGGAGCUGAACCAAGGAAUUUAUAGAUUUGACUUCCCUGAAAGCAAAUUGCUUGGCUUAAUUUUCCUACAUACAGUAUGCUCAUUUUGCCCUGAGCACCUUUUGAAAGAUCUGUUCUGUGCAUUUAGGCUUUGAGGGAACCCACUCAUCCCUGUCCAGGGGAAGUGCUCUGUGAUUAUAAGCUGUGUUCCAGCAAGCCUCGGGGCAAAGGUAUUCUUUGUAAGCCAUGUACCAGUAUAGAUACCAGAGGUACCUAUAUGUCCCAUCAGAGGAAGUGCAAGUACAGUGCUUCUCUGAAUCAUGCCUCUGCACUGGUACAAGGAGGCCACGAUGUGUAGUACAUCAUUCCUUGAACUACCUUGUCUCUCCUGUAUUAAAUCAUUGUCCACCAAGUAUUAGCCCUAUCAGUUAAAGGCCACACUUAAAUUUUGUAAACAGGUUUGUAUGAUAGUUCAGUUCCAUCAGCUGCCAGCCCACAAAAAUGUCCGAAGACAUUUUAGUGCUGCUCAUGUUUAGUUCUGCUUUGACUGAAGUCUGGCUGGGUGUUUUUAGGAAGUAUCUUUAAAGGGUGGGAGUAGAGAUGGGUUUUUGUCAUUUAUAGUGAGUACUGUUCUUUUAAAAUCAAACAGUGCAUGACACGUGAGUAGCAAACACACACCACAUAUCUUUGAUAGUGCCUGGAUCUCUGCCUGUCUCAGACCCCUUUCUUUUGUCUUAGUGCUGCUCUUGCUAUUUGCUAACGAGAUGAAUUUAACAGAUGAACCCCUAUUGCCUUCUUCUAGUUUCCAGCCACUCCCUCCACCGUCAGCUUGUGGUUUUAAUAUUUUAUUACAGGCUCUGUCAAAGCCAUGGAAUUAGUGGUGGUUUGAUGGCAGCCACUGAUCCACAACAUAGCCUUAGGACCCAUUUGCCUUUAGGAAAUAUCUUGGGCUGAAGUUAUUGCUGUUCAGGAGGCGAGUGUCUUCUAAGAGGAGCAGGUGGGAGCUCAUUCUUCAGUACGUGGCAGCCACAGAGUGUGUGGCUUAUCUCUCUCCAAGCUGCUCUGUAGGUAGGUCUUAGGAGGGUAUAAAGAUGUAUUUCAGAUAAACUUUAUCCAGUAUUCAAGCAGCAGGAUUUGGCGUUCGUUUGUUCACUGGAUGUUUUUAAUGCAAAGCCUUUGCAAACUUUCUCUGUGGUGAGGUCAUUAGACUUCUACUGACCUGUGACAGCUUAGCUGCUGGUCAUUGAGAGGUUAAUUCUUAUAGGAUCCUACAUAGCAAAGUUCUUUAUUUAUUUGUGGCUGAAAUGGGCAAUAAGAUCAAAACUCUCCUAACAAAGGUCUUCCUUGUUUGACAAUGCUGUACUCAAACCACUGCUUUUAUAGCAGGACACUGCUGAAUUUGUAUAGAUCUUCUCAUGCAGUUUUAUUUAUAAUAAAGGA